AUGGAUGAGCAUUAUGACUGUAUCGUUCUCGGAACUGGAUUCAAGGAGUGUGUACUCUCCGGUUUGCUCUCUGUAGAGGGCAAGCGUGUGUUGCACAUGGAUCGCAACUCAUACUAUGGUGGUGAGUCUGCAUCCCUCAACCUGCAGCAGAUGUACGAGAAGUUCCGCAAUGGCGCCAAGCCAAGUGAGACCCUCGGCUCGUACCGCGACUACAACAUCGAUCUUGUGCCCAAGUUCAUUUUGGCCUCGGGUCUGCUCGUCAAGAUGCUGCUGCACACCGACGUCACCCGUUACCUCGACUUCAAGGUGGUCGACGGCUCCUUUGUCUACAAGACACCAAAGAUCCACAAGGUGCCCGCCACCGACUCUGAGGCCCUCAGCUCGCCACUAAUGGGUUUCUUUGAGAAGUUCUCUUGCAAGAAGUUCUUUGUCUACGUCCAGAACUUCGAGGAGGACAAGCCAGCCACUCACGAGAACUUGGAUUUGAAGAAGAUGACAAUGAAGCAGUUGUUCGCCAAGUUUGGCCUGAAGGAGGAUACCAUCGAUUUCAUUGGACACUCUUUGGCUCUUCACCUCAAUGAUGAGUACUUGGAGAAGCCAGCCUUGGACACUGUGCUCAAGAUUAAGUUGUACGCUGACUCUUUGGCCAGAUACUCGCACUCACCAUACAUCUACCCAUUGUACGGUCUGGGCGAGCUCCCACAGGCCUUUGCCAGACUGUCUGCCAUCUAUGGUGGCACGUACAUGCUGAACAAGCCAAUCGAUAAGGUGUACAGAGGCGAGGACGGAAAGAUGAGAGUCGAAUCACAGGGCGAGACUGCUACUUGUGACUACGUCAUUGCCGACCCAUCCUACUUCCCCGACAAGGUCAAGGUCACUGGCAAGAUCAUCCGUUCCAUCUGUAUCCUCAACGCUCCAAUCCCCAACACCAACAACUCAGAGUCGGUGCAGAUCAUCAUCCCCCAGAAGCAGGUCGGCCGCAAGAACGACAUCUACGUCGGCGAGAUCUCCUUUGCCCACAACGUCUGCGCCAAGGGCAAGUACAUUGCCAUCUGCUCGACCACCGUCGAGACCAACGACCCCGAGAAGGAGUUGGAGCCCGCCUACAAGCUCUUGGGCCCAAUCGUCGAGAAGUUCAUCACCGUCUCCAACUACUACGAGCCAAUCGCCGACGGCUGCAACGACAACAUCUACCUGUCCGAGUCGUACGAUGCCACCUCGCACUUUGAGACCACCUGUCAGGACAUCAUGGACAUCUACAAGAGAGUGCUCAAGAAGGAUUUGGUUCUCAUCACCAACAGGAAGACACAGCAGCAGGGUGGAGAGGAGGAGCAGUAA